AUCAAAUAUCAAUUACAGUAUUCACAAAUCAUAGUAACAGUAAAUUCAGUUCAAGGCUAUCUAUGUACUUUAUAAAUAAUUCGUACUUAUUACUUUGUCUUCUCGUCGUGUGUAGUCAACAGUACUUACUUUAGUAAGAAUUAAUUUAAAAUGGCUCGUAUGAUAUCAUUAGAAGAAGUAAAAAAACACAGACGCAAGAGCAGUGUUUGGAUUAUAAUUCACAAUGAUGUUUAUGAUGUUACGAACUUUUUAACAGAGCACCCCGGGGGUGAAGACACCUUAUUGGAUGUAGCUGGUAAAGAUGGAAGUCGAGAAUUUGAGGAUGUUGGACAUAGUGAUGACGCAAGAGAACUUUUAAAAAAAUAUAAAAUUGGAUCCCUGAACCCUGAAGACAGGAUCAGUGUUGUCUUACCAUGCUCGAAUCUCAAAUGGGCAUUACUUGCUCUAGCAGGAGCGUUAGUCGUAGGUGUCGUUUUGAAGAAAUAUCUGGCAAGCAAGUAAACAUAUUCUUUUCGAUAUCGGGUCCAAGUAUUUAAAUAGCUGGCUUUUGCUAAGCUAAGCGUAGUGGAUAGUGUUACCAGCAUAAAAAAAAAAUAGUUAUUAUAUAAUUGUUACAGUUUUAUAUAUUAAUUUUAUAAUGGCUGUGUCUAAUAUUUUCGUUUAUGUUUAAAAGCUCAGAGCAUUUAUACAUUUUCGAUUUUUGUUUUUGUUUAAAAAUGUCUUUUUAUUUUUUAAAUACUGUAAUAAUAUUUUAUAUUGCUGUAUAAUCUUUACUUCAUAAUUUAUAUAAAUAUGUGAUAAUAAAAGAUGAAAUCGUUA